GCACAUUUCAGUAGUGACACUAAUAAUUGUACACGAGCACGCCACUUAAUUUCCUACUCUUUCUAUUCAAAGUUCAAACUCCUCCCCUGGCUGGCGGGCCUUAAGGACUUUAACUCAUUUCUAAUUUCGACAUCCUUAUAAAUAUCCAAGCUGGUCUGAGGUAAUAACAACAACGAAACAACUAAACACAUAACAAAGGCAACAAGGUUGAAGAGUAGCAAUAUUUGCAUUCUUCACCAGGGAAAGAUGGGUGCAGGUGGACGCAUGUCUGCUCCUAAUGCCAAGAAAACUCAAACAGAAGCACUUCGACGUGCCCCUCAUGAGAAACCUCCAUUCACCAUUGGUGACCUUAAGAAAGCCAUUCCUGCUCAUUGCUUUGAAAAGUCACUUGUCACUUCUUUUCGAUACCUCAUUCAAGAUCUCCUCAUGGCCUAUGCCCUCUACUAUAUUGCCACUAAUUACAUAGAGCAGUAUCUUCCAUAUCCUCUGAAUUACGUCGGUUGGGCUGCUUACAUUGCUGUCCAGGGGUGUGUCUUGACGGGAGCUUGGGUGGUGGGUCACGAAUGUGAUCACGACGCCUUCAGUGAUUAUGGUUGGGUGAAUGACCUUGUUGGCCUUAUUGUCCACUCUUCUCUCAUGGUUCCAUAUUUCUCUUGGAAAAUUAGCCACAGACGUCACCACGCCAACACUCAAUCACUUGAGAACGACGAGGUUUAUGUCCCGAGGUUCAAGUCCAACAUCCGGAACUACUACAAAAUUCUCAACAACCCACCCGGCCGUGUCCUUGUGUGGGUUACCACACUCCUCAUAGGCUUCCCUCUGUAUCUGAUGUUCAAUGUUUCGGGACACAAGUAUGAGAGGUGGACUUCUCACUAUGAUCCCCAUAGCCCUCUUUACACAGAACGUGAGCGCAAGCAGAUCAUUGUGUCUGAUCUUGCCAUUCUUGCUGUUAUCUAUGGGCUGUACAAUCUAGUAUUAGCCAAAGGAUUUGUUUGGGUUUUCUGUGUUUAUGGAGGUCCAUUGCUAGUUGUCAACGGAUGGUUUACAUUAAUUACAAUCCUCAAUCACACUCAUCCUUCGAUUCCUUACUACGACUCAACUGAAUGGGACUGGUUAAGAGGAGCUCUCUGCACUGUUGACAGAGAUUAUGGAAUUCUGAACAAGGUAUUCCACAACGUGUGCAAUGCUCAUGUCUGUCACCACAUAUUCUCCAUGAUCCCACAUUACCACGGACUAGAAGCCACAGAGGCCAUGAAGCCUUUACUUGGAGAUUACUAUCAAUAUGAUGGAACUCCAAUUCUAAAGGCCAUGUACCGAGAAAUGAAGGAAUGCAUUUACGUGGAGAAAGAUGAAGGCGAGACUAAAGGAGUCUACUGGUACCGAAAGGAUAUAUAGCUUGAUUUGUUUUGACCAAAGUUGCCUUGUCAAUUUCAGUUAUUUUUUUCAAUGUUGUACUAUAAAGGAGUUGCAGACCUCAACUCUGCGUGUUAUAAUGAAUAGACUCAGAAAUUUCUCGAUGAUA